AUGUACACCUCACUGGAAACGACUGCUCCGGCGACGUUGGAGAAACGAGACAUGUCAAUGACUGGGGACAAACUGAUACUCAAAGGAUUAAAAUUUUACGGUCACCAUGGAGCGAUUUCCGAAGAGAAGACAUUGGGGCAGAUGUUUCUUCUUGACAUCGAUGCGUGGAUGAGUCUCAAAAAGGCUGGUGAAUCAGACAACUUAGCAGAUACAAUUAGCUAUGUCGACAUUUUCAGCCUAGCUAAAGAAAUUGUUGAAGGGUCACCAAGAAACCUUCUCGAGGCAGUCGCGGAACUCAUCGCGUCUAAAACGCUUGAAAAGUUUCCUCAGAUAACCGCUGUUCGAGUGAAGCUUUCGAAGCCAAAUGUUGCACUUAUCAAGAGCACUAUCGAUUACUUAGGGGUCGAGAUUUUCAGACAGCGGAAGCAUUAA